CGCCCACCGUUUUCCACUGACGAAAAGCAGCACCGCUGAGCAGGCUGGAAUCAGACAAGAGGAAGCGUUCAGCUGCUGUGGUUCUCAUUCAACUGCGAGACAAAAAAGCAAGCGCUCUAGGGUCUAGACUAUGCACGGAUAAGCGUCGUUCCGCGGACUAAAUUACACCCACAUUUACGGAUUUCUGGUCUUUUUUAAGCUAAUGGUGAACGGAUCGACGAACUCUUGCAGACCGUCCAGCAUCCCCAGCAGCGCCAUGAGCAGGCCACUGAAGAGGAAGUUUGAGGAGGUGGACGAGGACCCCUGCUACUCCUCCUCCUCGCCCUGCUCCCUCUCCUCCUCGGCCUUCUCCGAGUGGGAGUCGGACGGGGACAGCUGCUACUCCGACACCCUGGACUCCAGGCCCAGCUGCCCCAGCUCCCCGGCCCCGGCCCUUCCCAUCUCCUCGAUCCUAAAGACGGGGAAGCGGGCUCGGAGCUCCCGGCCGGACGGCGUGCGGUUCGACGGCGUGACGGUGUUCUCCUUCGCGCGCUGCCAGGGCUUCACCAGCGUGCCCAGCCGCGGGGGCUGCACCCUGGGCAUGGAGCGGCGGCACAGCGAGCGCCGCCGCUACACGCUGGCCGAGUUCGCCCUGGAGCAGCGGCGUCUGCGCCGCGAGAAGCUGCGCCAGCGCCUGCGCCAGGAGAGGCUGGAGGCCCUGCGGCUGAAGCUGACCAGUAACGGCACGCGGGAGUCGGAGGAGGCCAAUCGGCUGACGGUGGACGACGUCCCGGAGGAGGAGGUGGACAUCAGCGGGGUGGACCUGGACGACGGCUCCUUCCUGCACCCAUAUCCCUCCAAGCACAGACACGCCCUGCUCAAGGCCGCCGGGGUCAAGAAGGUGGACAAGGAGGAGAAGAGGCAGCUGCACCAGAUCCGCCUCUCCCGAGAGGACUGCGGCUGCAACUGCCAGGGCUUCUGUGAGCCCGAGACCUGCGCCUGCAGCCUGGCCGGCAUCAAGUGCCAGAUGGACCACUCCUCCUUCCCCUGCGGCUGCACCAAGGACGGCUGCGGCAACACGGAGGGCCGCAUCGAGUUCAACUCCGGCCGCGUGCAGACCCACUACAUCCACACCAUCAUGAAGCUGGAGCUGGAGAAGAGGCUGGAGGAGAGCUCACCCGAGGAGGAGGAGGAGGAAGAGGAGGAAGAAGAGGAGGAGGUGGCACCUCCCCCCACGCCCUCCUUCCACUUCAGCGCGCAGCUGGCCUCGGCGGGAGAGAGCAGCUGCUGCAGCGACAGCACGGACUCGUCCAGCUCGUCCGCGCAGAGCGACGACUCGGACCCCCGGCCCCCGGGGGCCCCUCUGGAGGUGGACGACGACGGGCUGGCGCGCAUCCUGAGCCUCAGCGCGGCCGACAGCGAGGACGGGGAGCCCGGCGAACGCUCGCCCACCGCCGGCCUCUUCAGCCAGGACCAGGAGCGCCCCGCCGUGUCCUCCUACCUGGACGAGAACGCCAACCAGUCCGCCGCCCUGUUCCACAGCUGCCCCCUGCAGGACUUCCCCAACACGCCCUCCCCCUCCGUGGAGCCCGCGGCACGGAGCUACAUGGACCUCAGCCUGUCCUCCGACUCGGACCUGGAGUUCUUCGGCUGCUUCCCCGACUACGGCCCCAGCCCCCUCUACAGCUCGCUGAAGGACUACGAGCACCUGGACAGCUUCUUUCACUUCCAGCUGCCCAGCUACCCCAGCCUGGCGCACUCCGGCGAAACCGGCACCUGCUUCCUGGAGUCCCUCAUCGGCCUGUCCGAAUCCGUCCCAGAACCGCCCCCGACCUUCACGGACAAUCAGCUGCUGGAGGAGGCCAUUCAGUCCUGAAGCCGGGCGGAGAGAGACGCGGCGGGGUGUUAGCGGUUUAACGCCGCGCGCCGCCGGGAACUCCUCGUUUUACACAUUUUAAGUGUGAAAUGUUUCAACUUAAAGGAAAGGUUUUUUUUUUUCUUUUUUUUUUUUUUUCUUCCCCUGACUUUCCUGUGAAAGUCGGUGAGGUUGCAGCUGCCCUUUCGAACGCACGCGACGCGAGAACGUUGAUAGCGCGCGGCGUAGAAGCUGACGUCUAAAUGUGAUCCCGGUCCACAGAGGAAUUGCUCUUGUACUCCAUACCAUUCUAUGCCAUCCUUCAGCAGUGAUGUAUUCCCUCUUUCACAAACUGCCACUUUAUUUAUAUCCUUGUAUUUUAUUUAAUUAUUUAAUUAAUUUUCGCUAACGUGGGUCACGAUGAGUUAUUUUGUGUGUACCUCAGGGACUUUCUUCGAGCCUCUGAUACAAUGCAUAGUGACCUUUACUGCAGUGUGAAAUCAGGACCCCCCAAAUUCACUGCAGCAACUCUGACCCUGUGCAUCCCAGCACACUGAAGGGAUUGUCCAUUAAAUUUCUCACUAAAACUGGGUAACCACACAUUCAUAGCACAGCCACUCUCCCUACUAUUAUUAUUUAAGUCCCUUAAACUGAUGUGGCUCAUCACUUGUGAAAACAUUGACAGUGGAACUAAGCUAAACUGUUAAUCUGAAGCCAUGCCAUUUGGUACUAUGUUUGUAUGUCCUUGGGUCAACAGUACAUAGGGUUUAUAUUCGACACUAUCCAGAGCAUUUAACCUAUAACAGGCAGUCGCACGUUACAGCCAUAGUUCACGUCAUGAAUUGAAAUAUUAGUAAUGGCUCCAAUGUAUUACACAAUGUUCUAAUUUAUUUGUAUUUAUUUUUGCCACACUUAGCUAAAUUUCAAUGUUGCGGACCUGAAAGUGCAAUUCGCUCCUCAGCACCUCCAUGCCAAGAAUAAACACCGCUCAUGUUAACCAGGUUUAAAAAACAACUUCAAGGGAAGGGCCUGGUGUAUUUUCUACUAGUGAAAACGGGAUAAAAGUUCCAUUGGUUCAAACCAUAAAGAUACUGUAUCUAAGAACCUGUUCUAUUUUUACAGUUUGGGCGGGUGGUGCAUUUCAUAAGUUAUUUAUCAUUAUUGUUUCAUUAUUUUAUUUAUUGUAUACAAUACGAAAUGUGGUCAUUUGUUAGGAAGUGACCUAAUGUGCCUGUUAUGCAGAGUAACCAUGUAUAUCAGUCCAGCACAAACAAAGGGCCUUGUUUAGCUGUCGCACUGAGAUUUUUGCAGCCUACCUAUUUGAUAAAUCAAAAUUAUGGGUCUAUUGCAUUAUUGUGUAAAAGAAAUGUAUAUAGAUACUCUAAUUUUUAUAACUAAAUUGUGUACAUUGACACAAUAAUUAAAAUCUGUGUUACAGACAGAAAUUAUUUUGGUAGGAAAUAAGAAAUUUACAUUUUUGCAAAUUUUGAAAUAUUUGUAACAUAUUAUAUACAAUAUAGCAAGGGAAGCCAUUGCAGUCAAACACUAUUGGGCUUUUGGAGACUUUUUAUGGUGAAAAGCAGAUGUGUAAAUUUAACUCUUUAUUUUGUGAAUUUAAUUCCAUAAAAUCUAAGUCAAAGAUUCAAAUGUAAGGGUCGUCAUUUAUUUCUGUGUUUUGAAGAAGAAGAAAAAAAAAAGUCAACCUUCCUGUUGUCACUUUUGGUUAUCAAAAUUGUAACAAGAGUAUCUAUUCUAGCAAGGCAAUAAUGCAUACUGUUCUGUAGAAAGGGUUUAGACAGGCCACUACAUAUCUAGCUACAGCUGUAGGAAUUCUGUUUUUGCAGGCCCCUACAAAAAUGCUGAUGUACUUAUUUUCUCUGCAUACAUCAUUUUCAGACAUGCAAAAUCGGCCAUUGGAAAAAUGGAAACAAUUUCACUUUGCCUUCAUGCAUUUUCUUUUUCUUUUUUAUUUAUUGGAUUUAUUUUCUAGUGCCAAUAAGUAGGCACUAAAUUUUGUAAAUACACUUUUUUUUUCUUGUAAAUCUACUGCUCGUUUUGAGGAAAUGAAAAUUCUGGGUAUUUAUUAAUGUAUUCUAUAAUUAUUGUAUGUAUUGAUCUGAGGCUUUUCUCCUUAGAUUCCAUACCUUUGCCUCUGAUUUUGUGUACAUAUAUAUUUUUUGUUUAAAUGGUACAGCUGAGGAAAGAAUGCUGCUUUAUUUUUACAUCUUCAUUGCAAACAAGCUGUAUAAAUGCUGUUUUCAUUUCAUCCAAGCAAUACCACAUUUCUAUCACUUCAAAUAAAUGUGCAACAUUUGUUAAA